ACACGCGAUAUAAAUCAUGCACGACCCAAACAUCCCAUUGGCUGAGAGACUACUUCCCAAGUCAGAGCCCGACUGUUGAGGCGCUUCGUUCCAAACUGUUCCUAGCUGGCGCUUGACCAUCUGCGAGAUCCAGAUAUGCUAAGGACAGCCAGUUUUCGGACGAUCAGUCAAGGGGACAGCUCCAGACUGCGUGGCGAGACCGGGGAAAGAAAGCGUCUGUCGCUGAAAAUCUCCCAGGAGGAGGGGAAGAGGUGCACCAGAUUCUGUAACCGCAGCGGAGGAGGAGGAGCACCCGAGGGCCCCAAGAUGGAGAGGAAUGUCUACAUCCAUGCAGUGGAGGAAGACAACAGUACUCAUCGCCGAGAGCAACAACAGUACUGGGAUAGCAAGGCUGUCAUCAUCCAGAGGGCCUGGCGUUAUGCUCUGUUCCAUAAAAAAGGCUGGCAGCAAACACCUGAGAACCAGAUGCACCUCGGACAUGAGGCAACCCAGCUCCAGAGCUUUCCCACUACGCUGGCCAUCAAUGAGCUCGUCCAGGACCUCUCACUGGAGGAGUUGAAAACCCUUCAGAGUGUAAAACAUGGGAAUGGAAGAUACCAACUGCAGCAUUCCCAGCUGACCCCAGACCUGGAGAAUAUCAUCACGGCGGUGUCUGUGGACAUGCCCCUGCUGUCCAAAGUCAUAGUUAUCCAGCGGGCUUGGAGGGACUUCCAGAGCAGACAGGACAUCCUGGAGAAGAGGAGCCCCUCCCCUCCGUCCCUCACCUCCUCCUCGGACAAGAUGAGCAUGUCCAUCAGCAUGGCGACCCUAUCAGAUGGCAGCACCCCUGAUUACCGGGAGGAUGGUAUGGAUCUGGGGAGUGACGCGUCCAGCCGCUCCAGUUCGGAGUCCAACUCCAACAAGGUGACACCGUGCUCGCCCAGCCUGGACCUCACUCCGCUGGAGGACUACGAGGAGGACGAAGACUACCAGGAGUACAAGAAGAAGGUCAUCGAGGAGUGGGAGAGCGAGUAUGGCGGCGGUAGCAGUGGGGAAUACGGCGACACCGAUGACCCCGACCUGGCUAACAACGUCAAGACUGUCGGAGGAGGAGGUGGCGGCGGCGGAAGCUUCCGGAAGCCGGUGAACAGCCGCAGCCUGGCCGAGGAGUUCCAGGACGUGAAGAGCCCGCCGCCGUCGCUCACCGGGCCCACGGCCACCCGAGCCGCCGCCGUGCCUGAGGAGCUGAAGCAGAACGGCAACCUGAUCCUGCCCAGCGCACACCACCUCCGCUCCCCCGGCGGCACGGCCACCGUCACCACAGCGGCAAAGACUGCUGCCAGGCCCGCCAGCCAGCGGACAGCAAGCAGCAACACCAGAGGGGGUGGAGGAUUGGUGGGCACUGGCGUCGGCGGUGGUGUUGGCACUGGCGUCGGCACCGGCGUCGCGAGUUACGGUGUGAGUGGUGGAGUAGGGACAGGGGCAAAUGCCACCUAUCGCACAGGUGCAGGAAUGGGUGGAGGCUACAUGGACGAGUGCGAGGUCGAGGAGAACCAGCUGCCCACUAUGGACUGGGCGGCUCUGGAGAGACACCUGGCCGGACUGCAGUGCCGGGAGCAGGAGAACCACAACCAGAACCAGGCGCUGGGUCGGGCCAACUCCACAUCGGCCCAGAAGAAUGAGAGAGAGUCCAUCCGGCAGAAGCUCGCCCUGGGCAGCUUCUUCGACGACGGACCCGGGAUCUACACCAGCUGCAGCAAGAGUGGCAAACCCAGUCUGUCUUCACGGCUGCAGAGCGGGAUGAACCUCCAGAUCUGUUUUGUGAACGACAGCAGCAGCGACAAAGACAGUGAUGCAGAUGACAGCAAGACAGAGACCAGUCUGGACACACCACUCUCUCCUAUGAGCAAGCAGAGCUCGUCCUACUCGGACCGGGACACCACGGAGGAGGACUCAGAGUCUCUGGAGGACAUGGACUUUGUGAGCCGUCAGAAGAAGCUGCAGGCGGAGGCCAAGCUGGCGCUGGCGAUGGCCAAACCCAUGGCCAAGAUGCAGGUGGAGGUGGAGAAGCAGAAUCGCAAAAAGUCCCCCGUCGCCGACCUGUUGCCACAUAUGCCUCACAUCAGUGAGUGCCUGAUGAAGAGGAGCCUGAAGCCGUCUGACCUCAGAGACAUGACCGUCGGCCAGCUCCAGGUCAUCGUCAAUGACCUCCACUCACAGAUCGAGAGUCUAAAUGAGGAGCUCGUGCAGCUGCUACUGAUCAGAGAUGAGCUCCACAUGGAGCAGGACGCUAUGCUGGUGGACAUCGAAGACCUGACCAGGCAUGCCGAGAGCCAGCAGAAACACUUGGCGGAGAAGACCCUCUCCAAAUGAAGACUCUUCAACCAUACCACCCCUCCCCCAAACUCAGACAUACUCCACAUUGCUCAAUGACCCUGAUCCUGACCCUGUCCAAAUGCGCCUACCACCUUCUUACAUACACACACACACACACCUCAUAGAAAUGGAGGGAAAGACCCUCUCCAAAUAAGGCUACCACCACCUUUACCUAUCCACCCCACCCUCCCCCAAUCCCCCCCAACUCAUCCUCCAUACCUGCCACUGAUGCCCCCAGC